AAGAACGAUCCAAGUGAAGUUAAAUACGUUGUUCUCAGAACUACUGGUGGUGAAGUUGCUGGUGGUUCUACCCUUGCUCCAAAGAUUGGUCCACUCGGUCUUAACCCAAAGAAGGUCGGUGAUGAUAUUGCCAAGGCUACUUCCGCUUACAAGGGUCUUCGUCUUACCGUUAGACUUGUUAUCCAAAACAGACAAGCUAAGGUUGAAAUUGUUCCAAGUGCUUCCACUUUAAUUAUUAAGGCUCUUAAGGAACCAGUCAGAGACCGUAAGAAGGAAAAGAACAUCAAGCACGAUGGUAACCUCACUCUUGAUGAAGUUAUUGAAAUCGCUCGUACCAUGCGUGAAAAGUCCUACGCUAAGGAUCUUGCUGGUGUUGUCCGUGAAAUUCUUGGUACCUGUUUCUCCAUUGGUUGUACCGUCGAAGGUCAAUCUCCAGUCGAUGUCACUGAACAAAUUAAGAACGGUGAAAUUGAUAUCCCA